AAAUUAUAAUUAAAUAAUGGAACAAUAUUAUUUAUAGACGAAACAGUUUUUAACCCUGUUAUUGCUUAAAAGGAGUUUUAAAUGCCAUAAAACAGAACAUACUUUAUCUCUCUUUAAUUUAAGGUUGUUGUCAGUUAGUGCAAGUUAAGCAAACGUUACAAGUCCAUUUAAGGAUACAUAUCGUUGGAUAUUGCAAUACUGUUCUGUCUACGUUGUGAGGAAAUAUGGAAGAAAAGUUUACAAGAAGCUACAUUAAGGUGGAUGGACCUCGUGGGACGCUUAAACAUCAAACUUUCCCGGAAGUGAUGAAACAUUAUGCGGAGACGAAACCUGACGGUGAGUCUGUUGUCUUUGUAUCAACUGACGGAACUCGAGAAUAUGUAACUUGGUUACAGCUUUACCAACGAUCUCAGAUAAUGGCGAAGUCACUGAUUAAAAUGGGGAUUCAGAGGCACGAGAUAGUUGCUGUCAACGUUCGUUGUUGUCCAGAGUGGUUGUAUGCUACAUUCGGUGCCAUGAUGGCUGGAGCCAUUCCAGUCAGUAUAUCCUUCACGUAUACUGACGGCAGUGAUCUUAUCGCUCUAAUGAAAAAGAUGGAAACUUGUUCGCUGCUUAUUCUUGAUCCUGGUGCAGACAGUAUUAAUUGGAAUAUCCUUCGUAAACUUCUUGACGAGUACAAAGCUGACGGUAGAACAAAAAGCAAGAAAAUGCCAUACCUAAGAUAUAUUCUAGGGGUAAGGUUUGAUGGACACCCAGAUGCUUCAUAUGUCAAUGACAUUUGGAACCUUUUAGCAGAGGACCAUCCGGAUGUAGAACUUCCCGUCAUUAAACCCGAAGAUCUAACUGGACUUUUCCAAACGUCUGGAAGUACAGGAGUACCAAAACUUGUUGCGCAUGUCCAAAGAUCGUCAUUUAAGGCUGUCUGUAAAUUAGAUACACUGGAACUUUUAAACCCUAAAUAUAUCCUUUUUAACGACAGGCCUUUCAAUUGGGGUGGUGGAUAUCCAGCUUCAAUAUUGACGGGCCAAACAAGGGUGACGUUUUCUGAAUUUUGCAAUCCUCCGAAGGACAGACUUUCCUUUAUGAUUGACGUAAUAGUCAAAGAAAAAUGUUCCAUGAUAUUUGCUCUACCACCUUUGAUGCAUGAGCUUAUCAAAAGACAGG